UUGGAGGGUCAGGAUCUUGACAGCACCCCCCUGAUGGACCGCCAGGACCCCAAACCUGGCCCCUGGCAGUAUCCAUGCCAGUCCACCACACCCCCAGAGAAACCCCUCAUAAUUGAUGGAAACAGGUUUUACUUUUUGGAAUUGAUCCUGAUGUACACAUAGGGUCAGUUUCCCAGACACAGAUUUUAAGUCCUGGACUAGAAAGCUUUUUCCAAUAGAAAUCCUCCAUUGAUCAUGCCUCUUAGUCCAGGUAUGUGUCCAGAAAACUGUCCCUCAAUGUCCAGAAUUUGACUUAAUCUGUGUCUGAUAAACCAGCCCAUGGAGUCUAAAGCAUCAACAUCAAAACGGUCGCAUGUGUAGAAAACUCUGUGUCCGUGUCCAGGUAUUACAUGUACCUGCCCAUUGAGCAGCGGAAGCCGUGUGUCCACAUAAUGAGCUGCUGGGAGGAUCGCACCUACCGCCUGCACAGCUCUAACUUGCUGGAGAACAUCGCUGUCAUGUUUGUGCGUAACUUUUUUCCACUUAACAUUAAAUGGUUUAGACAGUGUACAAUCACGGUCCUCUGUAGCUCAGCUGGUAGAGCACGGCGCUUGUAACGCCAAGGUAGUGGGUUCGAUCCCCGGGACCACCCAUACACAAAAAAUGUAUGCAUGCAUGACUGUAAGUCGCUUUGGAUAAAAGCGUCUGCUAAAUGGCAUAUUAUUAUUAUAUUAUAGUAAUACCAUGUCAUGGUACCAUCACGUGUUUGCACCCUGUUUGAGUGAUGAUGUCAUUGUGGUGAUGUCAUUGAAGAGAUGUCAUCAUAUUCCACACAGGAAGAAGGUGUGGCCAAGACAGGUGAACUGAACAAGCUGUCAGAUCCAGGAACAGAAGCUCUCAUGCGCCGAGUCUUUCAGGAGUUUAUCACGGACGCCAGGUAUGUAACGCAAACAAGACCAUUAAACUGAUGGUACUGACAACACUGUUGACUAUCUGGUGCAUACUGACAACACUGUUGACUAUAUGGUGCAUACUGACAACACUGUUGACUAUAUGGUGCAUACUGACAACACUGUUGACUAUCUGGUGCAAACUGACAACUCUGUUGACUAUAUGGUGCAUACUGACAACACUGUUGACUAUCUGGUGCAUACUGACAACACUGUUGACUAUAUGGUGCAUACUGACAACACUGUUGACUAUAUGGUGCAUACUGACAACACUGUUGACUAUAUGGUGCAUACUGACAACACUGUUGACUAUAUGGUGCAUACUGACAACACUGUUGACUAUAUGGUGCAUACUGACAACACUGUUGACUAUAUGGUGCAUACUGACAACACUGUUGACUAUAUGGUGCAUACUGACAACACUGUUGACUAUAUGGUGCAUACUGACAACACUGUUGACUAUAUGGUGCAUACUGACAACACUGUUGACUAUAUGGUGCAUACUGACUACACUGUUGACUAUAUGGUGCAUACUGACAACACUGUUGACUAUAUGGUGCAUACUGACAACACUGUUGACUAUAUGGUGCAUACUGACAACACUGUUGACUAUAUGGUGCAUACUGACAACACUGUUGACUAUAUGGUGCAUACUGACAACACUGUUGACUAUAUGGUGCAUACUGACAACACUGUUGACUAUAUGGUGCAUACUGACAACACUGUUGACUAUAUGGUGCAAACUGACAACACUGUUGACUAUAUGGUGCAAACUGACAACACUGUUGACUAUCUGGUGCAAAUGUACUGGUUCUUAUAGUAACUCAAACAGUGUGUGUGUAUGUGUGUGUGUGUGUGUGUGUGUGUGUGUGUGUGUGUGUGUGUGUGUGUGUGUGUGUGUGUGUGUGUGUGUGUGUGUGUGUGGGUGUGUGUGUGUGUGUGUGUGUGUGUGUGUGUGUGUGUGUGUGUGUGUGUGUGAUUGCUAUCUCUUCUGCUUGCAGGAGCUUCAUAGCCUUUGCAGAAGGGGAAGUGAGGCGGAAUAAUCUGACCAUGUUGGAUAAGAAACGCCUGACCAUGUGUAAAGAGGAGCUGGUUGGUGCCCUGGCCUCUAGACCCUACCUGUAGUCCACUCUUCUGAGAGACAGAAUUGUUAAAUUAUGAUGAUGAUGAUGAUGAUGAUGAUGUUCAUUCUACAGGAGAGUAUGGUCAGAGAGGCAGAAACCAUCUCCGAGGGGAAGAGGAAGGCUCGCAGUAUGAAGGAGACGUUGCAGGAGGCUCUAAAACUCACACGGAAACUGAGAUUCUUAGUGGAAGAGGUAUGCACGUCUGUUCUUGUAUGUUGUCUGUGUGUGUGUGUGUGUUUGUUUAUGUAAGAGCAGCAUAUUGACAGUGUGUAUCCCUGAGAUGACACUGAGCUGGUUUCUCUCCUCUCUCUCUCUACUAGAGAUGACACUGAGCUGGUUUCUCUCCUCUCUCUCUCUACUAGAGAUGACACUGAGCUGGUUUCUCUCCUCUCUCUCUCUACUAGAGAUGACACUGAGCUGGUUUCUCUCCUCUCUCUCUCUACUAGAGAUGACACUGAGCUGGUUUCUCUCCUCUCUCUCUCUACUAGAGAUGACACUGAGCUGGUUUCUCCCUCCUCUCUCUCUACUAGAGAUGACACUGAGCUGGUUUCUCUCCUCUCUCUCUCUACUAGAGAUGACACUGGGCUGGUUUCUCUCCUCUCUCGCUCUACUAGAGAUGACACUGAGCUGGUUUCUCUCCUAUCUCUCUCUACUAGAGAUGACACUGAGCUGGUUUCUCUCCUCUCUCUCUCCACUAGAGAUGACACUGAGCUGGUUUCUCUCCUCUCUCUCUCUACUAGAGAUGACACUGAGCUGGUUUCUCUCCUCUCUCUCUACUAGAGAUGACACUGAGCUGGUUUCUCUCCUCUCUCUCUCUACUAGAGAUGACACUGAGCUGGUUUCUCUCCUCUCUCUCUCUACUAGAGAUGACACUGAGCUGGUUUCUCUCCUCUCUCUCUACUAGAGAUGACACUGAGCUGGUUUCUCUCCUCUCUCUCUCUACUAGAGAUGACACUGAGCUGGUUUCUCUCCUCUCUCUCUCUACUAGAGAUGACACUGAGCUGGUUUCUCCCCUCUCUCUCUCUACUAGAGAUGACACUGAGCUGGUUUCUCUCCUCUCUCUCUCUACUAGAGAUGACACUGAGCUGGUUUCUCUCCUCUCUCUCUCUACUAGAGAUGACACUGAGCUGGUUUCUCUCCUCUCUCUCUCUACUAGAGAUGACACUGAGCUGGUUUCUCUCCUCUCUCUCUCCACUAGAGAUGACACUGAGCUGGUUUCUCUCCUCUCUCUCUCUACUAGAGAUGACACUGAGCUGGUUUCUCUCCUCUCUCUCCCUAGGGAUGACAUGAGCUGGUUUUCUCCUCAUCUCUCUACUAGAGAUGACACUGAGCUGGUUUCUCCCUCCUCUCUCUCUACUAGAGAUGACACUGAGCUGGUUUCUCUCCUCUCUCUACUAGAGAUGACACUGAGCUGGUUUCUCUCCUCUCUCUCUACUAGAGAUGACACUGAGCUGGUUUCUCUCCUCUCUCUCUCUACUAGAGAUGACACUGAGCUGGUUUCUCCCCUCUCUCUCUCUACUAGAGAUGACACUGAGCUGGUUUCUCUCCUCUCUCUCUCUACUAGAGAUGACACUGAGCUGGUUUCUCUCCUCUCUCUCUCUACUAGAGAUGACACUGAGCUGGUUUCUCUCCUCUCUCUCUCUACUAGAGAUGACACUGAGCUGGUUUCUCCCUCCUCUCUCUCUACUAGAGAUGACACUGAGCUGGUUUCUCUCCUCUCUCUCUCUACUAGAGAUGACACUGAGCUGGUUUCUCUACUCUCUCUCUCUACUAGAGAUGACACUGAGCUGGUUUCUCUCCUCUCUCUCUCUACUAGAGAUGACACUGAGCUGGUUUCUCUCCUCUCUCUCUCCACUAGAGAUGACACUGAGCUGGUUUCUCUCCUCUCUCUCUCUACUAGAGAUGACACUGAGCUGGUUUCUCUCCUCUCUCUCUCUCUACUAGAGAUGACACUGAGCUGGUUUCUCUCCUCUCUCUCUCCACUAGAGAUGACACUGAGCUGGUUUCUCUCCUCUCUCUCUACUAGAGAUGACACUGAGCUGGUUUCUCUCCUCUCUCUCUCCACUAGAGAUGACACUGAGCUGGUUUCUCUCCUCUCUCUCUACUAGAGAUGACACUGAGCUGGUUUCUCUCCUCUCUCUCUCCACUAGAGAUGACACUGAGCUGGUUUCUCUCCUCUCUCUCUACUAGAGAUGACACUGAGCUGGUUUCUCUCCUCUCUCUCUCCACUAGAGAUGACACUGAGCUGGUUUCUCUCCUCUCUCUCCACUAGAGAUGACACUGAGCUGGUUUCUCUCCUCUCUCUCUACUAGAGAUGACACUGAGCUGGUUUCUCUCCUCUCUCUCUACUAGAGAUGACACUGAGCUGGUUUCUCUCCUCUCUCUCUACUAGAGAUGACACUGAGCUGGUUUCUCUCCUCUCUCUCUCUAUAGAGAUGACACUGAGCUGGUUUCUCUCCUCUCUCUCUACUAGAGAUGACACUGAGCUGGUUUCUCUCCUCUCUCUCUCUACUAGAGAUGACACUGAGCUGGUUUCUCUCCUCUCUCUCUCUACUAGAGAUGACACUGAGCUGGUUUCUCUCCCUCUCUCUCUCUAUUAGAGAUGACACUGAGCUGGUUUCUCUCCUCUCUCUCUCUACUAGAGAUGACACUGAGCUGGGUUUCUCUCCUCUCUCUCUCUACUAGAGAUGACACUGAGCUGGUUUCUCUCCUCUCUCUCUCUACUAGAGAUGACACUGAGCUGGUUUCUCUCCUCUCUCUCUCCACUAGAGAUGACACUGAGCUGGUUUCUCUCCUCUCUCUCUCCACUAGAGAUGACACUGAGCUGGUUUCUCUCCUCUCUCAUAAUGACACGACCUGGUUUCUUCUCCUCUCUCUAUCCACUAGAGAUGACACUGAGCUGGUUUCUCUCCUCUCUCUCUACUAGAGAUGACACUGAGCUGGUUUCUCUCCUCUCUCUCUACUAGAGAUGACACUGAGCUGGUUUCUCUCCUCUCUCUCUCUACUAGAGAUGACACUGAGCUGGUUUCUCUCCUCUCUCUCUACUAGAGAUGACACUGAGCUGGUUUCUCUCCUCUCUCUCUACUAGAGAUGACACUGAGCUGGUUUCUCUCCUCUCUCUCUACUAGAGAUGACACUGAGCUGGUUUCUCUCCUCUCUCUCUCUACUAGAGAUGACACUGAGCUGGUUUCUCUCCUCUCUCUCUCUACUAGAGAUGACACUGAGCUGGUUUCUCUCCUCUCUCUCUCUACUAGAGAUGACACUGAGCUGGUUUCUCUCCUCUCUCUCUCUACUAGAGAUGACACUGAGCUGGUUUCUCUCCUCUCUCUCUCUACUAGAGAUGACACUGAGCUGGUUUCUCUCCUCUCUCUCUCUACUAGAGAUGACACUGAGCUGGUUUCUCCUCUCUCUCUCUACUAGAGAUGACACUGAGCUGGUUUCUCUCCUCUCUCUCUCUACUAGAGAUGACACUGAGCUGGUUUCUCUCCUCUCUCUCUCUACUAGCCACAGCAUACCAUCCCAGAUGUGUUUGUGUGGAUGCUGAGUAACAACAAGCGUUUGGCGUAUGCCCGCAUCGCUGCCCGUGACCUGCUCUACUCUGCCAGCCCUGAGGAGAGAGGCAGAGACUGUGGCAAGAUCCAGACUUUAUUCCUGAAGGUAUGGCACCAGAAAUAAAGAGACACACAGCGGUCACAGCGGUCAUGGCUGUUCUGUUUUCCAACACCUCUCCAUUUUGGAUGUGCUUCAUCUCAUAUUUUUUUACAAACAGGCAGGGUAGAAAGCAUACUGUAUUUUCCCAUAUAAUUUAGCUCAUUUACAUUUGAAUUCAUGGGUUUUAUAUACCAGUUAUAAGAGAAGUGAUUUGCACUAUGAGGACCCUGGUCAGAGUAAUGUUCUAUAUAGUGGUUACGGCACCAUUUCAAACACACGGUCUGAUCAUGUCCCCUCCUUUUUCUUUCCCAGCCCCCAGGGAAGCGUGUAGCAGGCUGGUCAGUUCAGGCCAAACUGGACAUUUACCUGUGGCUGGGCAGCUGCAGAGAGUCCUCUCAUAUGCUGGAUGACCUGCCUGGAGGGUUUGAACCCACAGGGGGCGCCACUAAGGAGCAGUUUCUACCCGGAAACCUACCUGUACAUCUGGUAUAUAGAGGUACGAUAGAUAGAUUGAUUAGAUAGAUAGAUAGAUAGAUAGAUAGAUAGAUAGAUAGAUAGAUAGAUAGAUAGAUAGAUAGAUAGAUAGAUAGAUAGAUAGAUAGAUAGAUAGAUAGAUAGAUAGAUAGAUAGAUAGAUAGAUAGAUAGAUAGAUAGAUAGAUAGAUAGAUAGAUAGAUAGAUAGAUAGAUAGAUAGAUAGAUAGAUAGAUAGAUAGAUAGAUAGAUAGAUAGAUAGAUAGAUAGAUAGAUAGAUAGAUAGAUAGAUAGAUACAGUGGGGGAAAAAAGUAUUUAGUCAGCCACCAAUUGUGCAAGUUUUCCUACUUAAAAAGAUGAGAGGCCUGUAAUUUUCAUCAUAGGUACACGUCAACUAUGACAGACAAAUUGAGAAAACAAAUCUAGAAAAUCACAUUGCAGGAUUUUUUAUGAAUUUAUUUGCAAAUUAUGGUGGAAAAUAAGUAUUUGGUCACCUACAAACAAGCAAGAUUUCUGGCUCUCACAGACCUGUAACUUCUUCUUUAAGAGGCUCCUCUGUCCUCCACUCGUUACCUGUAUUAAUGGCACCUGUUUGAACUUAUUAUCAGUAUAAAAGACACCUGUCCACAACCUCAAACAGUCACACUUCAAACUCCACUAUGGCCAAGACCAAAGAGCUGUCAAAGGACACCAGAAACAAAAUUGUAGACCUGCACCAGGCUGGGAAGACUGAAUCUGCAAUAGGUAAGCAGCUUGGUUUGAAUAAAUCAACUGUGGGAGCAAUUAUUAGGAAAUGGAAGACAUACAAGACCACUGAUAAUCUCCCACGAUCUGGGGCUCCACACAAGAUCUCACCCCGUGGGGUCAAAAUGAUCACAAGAACGGUGAGCAAAAAUCCCAGAACCACAUGGGGGGACCUAGUGAAUGACCUGCAGAGAGCUGGGACCAAAGUAACAAAGCCUACCAUCAGUAACACACUACGCCGCCAGGGACUCAAAUCCUGCAGUGCAACACAUGUCCCCCUGCUUAAGCCAGUACAUGUCCAGGCCCGUCUGAAGUUUGCUAGAGUGCAUUUGGAUGAUCCAGAAGAGGAUUGGGAGAAUGUCAUAUGGUCAGAUGAAACCAAAAUAUAACUUUUUGGUAAAAACUAAACUCGUCGUGUUUGGAGGACAAAGAAUGCUGAGUUGCAUCCAAAGAACACCAUACCUACUGUGAAGCAUGGGGGUGGAAACAUCAUGCUUUGGGGCUGUUUUUCUGCAAAGGGACCAGGACGACUGAUCCGUGUAAAGGAAAGAAUGAAUGGGGCCAUGUAUCGUGAGAUUUUGAGUGAAAACCUCCUUCCAUCAGCAAGGUCAUUGAAGAUGAAACGUGGCUGGGUCUUUCAGCAUGACAAUGAUCCCAAAAGCUUCGUAAGAAGCAUUUCAAGGUCCUGGAGUGGCCUAGCCAGUCUCCAGAUCUCAACCCCAUAGAAAAUCUUUGGAGGGAGUUGAAAGUCCGUGUUGCCCAGCGACAGCCCCAAAACAUCACUGCUCUAGAGGAGAUCUGCAUGGAGGAAUGGGCCAAAAUACCAGCAACAGUGUGUGAAAACCUUGUGAAGACUUACAGAAAAUGUUUGACCUGUGUCAUUGCCAACAAAGGGUAUAUAACAAAGUAUUGAGAAACUUUUGUUAUUGACCAAAUACUUAUUUUCCACCAUAAUUUGCAAAUAAAUUCAUUACAAAUCCUACAAUGUGAUUUUCUGGAUUCUUUUUUCUCAUUUUGUCUGUCAUAGUUGACGUGUACCUAUGAUGAAAAUUACAGGCCUCUCUCAUCUUUUUAAGUGGGAGAACUUGCACAAUUGGUGGCUGACUAAAUACUUUUUUCCCCCACUGUAGAUGGAUGGAUGGAUGGAUGGAUGGAUGGAUGGAUGGAUGGAUGGAUGGAUGGAUGGAUGGAUGGAUGGAUGGAUGGAUGGAUGGAUGGAUGGAUGGAUGGAUGGAUGGAUGGAUGGAUGGAUGGAUGGAUGGAUGGAUGGAUGGAUGGAGAGAGAGAGAGAGAGAGAGAGAGAGAGAGAGAGAGAGAGAGAGAGAGAGAGAGAGAGAGAGGAGAGAGGAGAGAGAGAGAGAGAGCCAGAGAGAGAGAGAGACAGAGAGAGAGAGAGAGAGACAGAGAGAGAGAGAGAGAGAGACAGAGAGAGAUUGAUUGGGGAAUAAUACCCUGAUUCUCCUCCCUCCAGAACAGCACCAGUUCCAGAUGCGAGCCCAUAUGUACCAGGCCAGAGGGCUGAUAGCAGCAGACUCCACAGGACUCUCAGACCCCUUCGCCAGGGUCACCUUCCUGACACACAGUCACACCACCGCCGUAAGGUCCACACAACUCUCAUAGGAUGGGAUCUAGCUACAGAGAAGGUCCCUAGAAGAAGAGGGCUUUUGAUGGGUGUAGUUCUAACCAGGAUUGGGGUCAAUUCCAUCUGAUUUCAUUCAAUUCAAUAGAUGAGCUAAGUUUCCAAGCGCUAUUUACUUUGAGAAUUUUUCUAUUCCUGAAUUGGACGUUCGAUUCAUUUCCUGACUUACUAAACCCCAGCCAUGUUUCUAAGUACUAACUAUGACCCAAUCUGUGGUACUUAAGUUCUGUCUCUGACCCCCGGCCGUAGCUGUAAGUUCUCCCUGUGCCCUCUUAGAUCAUCAACCAGACGUUAACCCCGACCUGGAACCAGAUGCUGUUGAUGUCCCGGGUCACGCUGCACGGAGACCUGACACACCUGGAGCAGGAGCCACCGUGCAUCGUCAUCGAGGUGUAUGACGACGAUGCUCUGGUGAGCUAAUUACCCCGCUGACGUUACGACAUGCCUUCGUUUCAUUAGCCUCAGUGCCAAGUCCUGUUUAUGAUCUCUUGUUGUUGCUCAAGCUGGCAAGAGAUCAGAAACAGGCAGGCACCCGGGAUAUCGUUCAAUCACUAGAAAUGUAACGUUUAAAGGUGAAACAAAUCAAAGGUGACAAUAUAUGUUGGUUUAAAGUGAAUCCCUUGAGGACAGUGACCUUCGCGGGAUUGAUAUAUAAUCUUAUGUUGGGACAGGCUAUUCAAAUUGGGUAGCUAUCCCGUUGCACGUAUUUAUUCACCAUCAGGUAUCUUCUGCUUCUUUCCUCCCCAGGGCAAGGCAGAGUACCUGGGCAGCACGGUGGCAGUGCCCGUGGUGAGGGUGUCAGGGAAGCCCUACUCCACUCCCCAGCUCCACUACAGUCCUCUGUUUUGUGGGUCCCAGUCUGGAGGAGACCUGCUGGGGGCCUUUGAGCUCAUACAGGUAGAACAAUACCUUGGGCAAUACCUUGGGUGGCUCAGUGGGUUAGAGCGUUGUGCCAGUAACCGAAAGGUCGCUGGUUCUAAUCCCCGAGCCGACUAGGUGAAAAAUCUGUUGAUGUGCCCUUGAGCAAGGCACUUAACCCUAAUUGCUCCUGUAAGUCGCUCUGGAUAAGAGUGUCUGCUAAAUGACUAAAAAAAUAUAUAAUAAUAAUAAUAAUAAUAAUAAACAAAUACACUACUGGAGACUGAGGCACAAAUUAAACCCUAUUCCCUGUAUAGUCUACAACUGGAGACUUGAGGCACAAAUGACACCCUAUUCCCUGUAUAGUCUACAACUGGAGACUUGAGGCACAAAUGACACCCUAUUCCCUGUAUAGUGCAAUUUAUAUGUUUGUUUGUAUUCUGUCAAGCUGAGUCGAGGGGAAUUCAUAGUGCAGUAAAGCUGAGACGAGGGGAAUUCAUAGUGCAUUAUAUCUGAGUCGAGGGGAAUUCAUAGUGCAGUAUAUCUGAGUCGAGGGGAAUUCAUAGUGCAGUAUAUCUGAGUCGAGGGGAAUUCAUAGUGCAGUAAAGCUGAGACGAGGGGAAUUCAUAGUGCAGUAUAUCUGAGUCGAGGGGAAUUAAUAGUGCAGUAUAUCUGAGUCGAGGGGAAUUCAUAGUGCAGUAAAGCUGAGUCGAGGGGAAUUCAUAAUGCAGUAAAGCUGAGUCGAGGGGAAUUCAUAAUGCAGUAAAGCUGAGUCGAGGGGAAUUCAUAGUGCAGUAAAGCUGAGUCGAGGGGAAUUCAUAGUGCAGUAAAGCUGAGUCGAGGGGGAUUCAUAGUGCAGUAAAGCUGAGUCGAGGGGAAUUCAUAGUGCAGUAAAGCUGAGUCGAGGGGAAUUCAUUCUCUGUGAUUUUCCUCUCGCUCCAUGAUUUUUCUCCCACCCUGUGGCUGUUUCAUUGUUAUUCAUCUCAUAGAUCCCAGAGUCAGGAGAAGAGCAUCUGCCUCCGCUGGACGAACCAGAUGGCCAUAUCUACCCUGUACCUGCCAACAUCAGACCUGUACUGAGCAGGUAUCGAUUAGAGGUGAGAGGAAGAUCAACCAACCAACUAGAGCGCCGUAACUCUAGAACAGGUGGCAGGCGCAUUGUUCAACUGUGUAUUAGUUGGAAUGGUCUGGAGUAUGAUAUGUGUUGUGUAUGUACUUUGUUUGGUUGUCCCUAUGGGAUAUUAAAGGAUUCUAUUCUGGGUGUUGUAAUAGUGUUCUCUAUGUAAUCCAGGUGUUGUUGUGGGUGUUGUAAUGGUGUUCUCUAUGUAAUCCAGGUGUUGUUGUGGGUGUUGUAAUGGUGUUCUCUAUGUAAUCCAGGUGUUGUUGUGGGUGUUGUAAUGGUGUUCUCUAUGUUAUCCAGGUGUUGUUGUGGGUGUUGUAAUGGUGUUCUCUAUGUAAUCCAGGUGUUGUUGUGGGUGUUGUAAUGGUGUUAUCUAUGUAAUCCAGGUGUUGUUGUGGGUGUUGUAAUGGUGUUCUCUAUGUAAUCCAGGUGUUGUUGUGGGUGUUGUAAUGGUGAUCUCUAUGUAAUCCAGGUGUUGUUGUGGGUGUUGUAAUGGUGUUCUCUAUGUUAUCCAGGUGUUGUUGUGGGUGUUGUAAUGGUGUUCUCUAUGUAAUCCAGGUGUUGUUGUGGGUGUUGUAAUGGUGUUAUCUAUGUAAUCCAGGUGUUGUUGUGGGUGUUGUAAUGGUGUUCUCUAUGUAAUCCAGGUGUUGUUGUGGGUGUUGUAAUGGUGAUCUCUAUGUAAUCCAGGUGUUGUUGUGGGUGUUGUAAUGGUGUUCUCUAUGUAAUCCAGGUGUUGUUGUGGGUGUUGUAAUGGUGAUCUCUAUGUAAUCCAGGUGUUGUUGUGGGUGUUGUAAUGGUGAUCUCUAUGUAAUCCAGGUGUUGUUGUGGGUGUUGUAAUGGUGAUCUCUAUGUAAUCCAGGUGUUGUUCUGGGGCCUGAGGGAGCUGAAGAAGGUGCAGCUCCUUUCUGUGGACCGCCCCCAGGUGUUUAUAGAGUGUGCUGGGAAAAGCCUGCGCUCCUCUGUCAUCCAGAGCUACAAGAACAACCCUAACUUCACCACACUGGUGGACGCCUUUGACCUGGUAACUAACAUGACCAACCCUAACUUCCCCACACUGGUGGACGCCUUUGACCUGGUAACUAACAUAUCCUUCUCCUUUUAAUAUUAUCCAAUGUCCACUUCUGCUGUUGGUCAGUCACCCUCAAGGACAUCUGACCUGCUCUGACUCAUCCUCAAAGACUUCAGACCUGCACCAGUGACUCGGUUAAUAAAAAAGUGGUCAGAUGACGCAGAUGCUAAGCUACAGGACUGUUUUUUGCUAGCACAGACUGGAACAUGUUCCGGGAUUCUUCAGAUAGCAUUGAGGAGUACUCCACAUCAGUCACUGGCUUCAUCAAUAAGUGCAUCGAUGAUGUCGUCCCCACAGUGACCGUACGUACAUACCCCAACCAGAAGCCAUGGAUUACAGGAAACAUCCGCACUGAGCUAAAGGGUAGAGCUGCUGCUUUCAAGGAGCGGGACUCUAACCCGGACGCUUAUAAGAAAUCCCGCUAUGCCCUCCAACGAACCAUCAAACAGGCAAAGAGUCAAUACAGGACUAAGAUUGAACCGUACUACACCGGCUCUGACGCUCGUCGGAUGUGGCAGGGCUUGAAAACUAUUACAGACUACAAAGGGAAGCACAGCCGCGAGCUGCCCAGUGACACAAGACUUCCAGACGAGCUAAACCACUUCUAUGCUCGCUUCGAGGCAAGCAACACUGAAGCAUGCAUGAGAGCACCAGCUGUUCCGGAUGACUAUGUGAUCACGCUCUCCGUAGCCGAUGUGAGUAAGACUUUUAAGCAGGUCAACAUUCACAAGGCCGCAGGGCCAGAUGGAUUACCAGGACGUGUACUCCGAGCAUGUGCUGACCAACUGGCAAGUGUCUUCACUGACAUUUUCAACAUGUCCCUGACUGAGUCUGUAAUACCAACAUGUUUCAAGCAGACCACCAUAGUCCCCGUGCCCAAGGACACUAAGAUAACCUGCCUAAAUGACUACCGACCCGUAGCACAGACGUCUGUAGCCAUGAAGUGCUUUGAAAGGCUGGUCAUGGCUCACAUCAACACCAUUAUCCCAGAAACCCUAGACCCACUCCAAUUUGCAUACCGCCCCAACAGAUCCACAGAUGAUGCAAUCUCUAUUGCACUCCACACUGCCCUUUCCCACCUGGACAAGAGGAACACCUACGUGAGAAUGAUAUUCAUUGACUACAGCUCAGCAUUCAACACCAUACUGCCCUCAAAGCUCAUCACUAAUCUAAGGAUCUUGAGACUAAACACCUCCCUCUGCAACUGGAUCCUGGACUUCCUAACGGGCCGCCCCCAGGUGGUAAGGGUAGGUAACAACACAUCUGCCACACUGAUCCUCAACACGGGGGCCCCUCAGGGGUGCGUGCUCAGUCCCCUCCUGUAUUCCCUGUUCACCCAUGACUGCAUGGCCAGGCACGACUCCAACACCAUCAUUAAGUUUGCCGACGACACAACAGUGGUAGGCCUGAUCACCGACAACGAUGAGACAGCCUAUAGGGAGGAGGUCAGAGAUCUGUCCGUGUGGUGCCAGGACAACAACCUCUCCCUCAACGUGACCAAGACAAAGGAGAUGAUUGUGGACUACAGGAAAAAAAAGAGGACUGAGCACGCCCCCAUUCUCAUCGACGGGGCUGUAGUGGAACAGGUUGAGAGCUUCAAGUUCCUUGGUGUCCACAUCACCAACGAACUAUCAUGGUCCAAACACACCAAGACAGUCGUGAAGAGGGCACGACAAAGCCUAUUCCCCCUCAGGAGACUGAAAAGAUUUGGCAUGGGUCCUCAGAUCCUCAAAAAAUUCUACAGCUGCACCAUCGAGAGUAUCCUGUCUGGUUGCAUCACCGCCUGGUAUGGCAACUGCUUGGCCUCCGACCGCAAGGCACUACAGAGGGUAGUGCGUACGGCCCAGUACAUCACUGGGGCCAAGCUUCCUUCCAUCCAGGACCUCUAUACCAGGCGGUGUCAGAGGAAGGCCCUCAAAAUUGUCAAAGACUCCAGCCACCCUAGUCAUAGACUGUUCUCUCUGCUACCGCACGGCAAGCGGUACCGGAGUGCCAAGUCUAGGUCCAAAAGACUUCUCAACAGCUUCUACGCCCAAGCCUUAAGACUCCUGAACAGCUAAUCAUGGCUACCCAGACUAUUUGCACUGCCCCCCCACCCCAUCUUUUUACGCUGCUGCUACUCUGUUAAUUAUUUUGGCAUAGUCACUUUAACUCUACCCACAUGUACAUAUUACUUCAACUACCUCAACUAGCCGGUGCACCCGCACAUUGACUCUGCACCGGUACCCCCCUGUAUAUAUAGCCUCCCUACUGUUAUUUUAUUUUACUUCUGCUCUUUUUUUCUCAACACUUUUUUGUUGUUGUUUUAUUUUACUUUUUUAUUAAAAAUAAAUGCACUGUUGGAUAAGGGCUGUAAGUAAGCAUUUCACUGUAAUGUCUGCACCUGUUGUAUUCGGCGCAUGUGGCCAAUAAAAUUUGAUUUGAUUUGAUUUGACUUGCCUAAGUCUGUCCACUGUUAACUAGGUAGAAUAGUGGACAGGUGUUAGCUGUGUCCCAAAUGACACCUUAUUCCCUAUGUCCCAUAGGGCUCUGGUUAAAAGAAGUGCACUAUAUAGGGAAUCGGGUGCCAUUUGGGAAACAGACAGAGACACAUGCAGAGUUGACCUUCAACCUUUAUCUCCUCCCUGUCUGUUCUUUCCCACAGGAGCUGCCUGAGAAUGAGAACCUUCAUCCUCCCCUGAACAUCAGUGUGGUGGACUGGCGAGCCUUCGGACGCUCUACCCUCGUGGGAAACUACGUCAUCAACAACCUGAAGCCCUUCAAAUACACCCCUCCUCCCGCGCUGUCCACGCCAACCUCACCACGGGGACCUCACAGCAGAGAGGGUAAAAGUCAAAUCCUAUCCUACCACCACAAUGUGUCUGGAGAGAAAACACUAUCUACCCAAAAGCAAAACUGCGAAAAAGUGAUUGAAAAGAUGUCAUAAUGACAAACAGUUUCUUUUUCAACCAGUUUUAUCCGCUGGGAUAGCGACUGUUGUACAGGACUUUCAGGUGGUGCUGUUUUACCGACUGUUGAACAGGACUUUCAGGUGGUGCUGUUUUACCGACUGUUGAACAGGACUUUCAGGUGGUGCUGUUUUACCGACUGUUGAACAGGACUUUCAGGUGGUGCUGUUUUACCAACUGUUGAACAGGACUUUCAGGUGGUGCUGUUUUACCGACUGUUGAACAGGACUUUCAGGUGGUGCUGUUUUACCGACUGUUGAACAGGACUUUCAGGUGGUGCUGUUUUACCAACUGUUGAACAGGACUUUCAGGUGGUGCUGUUUUACUGACUGUUGAACAGGACUUUCAGGUAGUGCUGUUUUACCGACUGUUGAACAGGACUUUCAGGUGGUGCUGUUUUACCGACUGUUGAACAGGACUUUCAGGUGGUGCUGUUUUACCGACUGUUGAACAGGACUUUCAGGUGGUGCUGUUUUACCAACUGUUGAACAGGACUUUCAGGUGGUGCUGUUUUACCGACUGUUGAACAGGACUUUCAGGUGGUGCUGUUUUACCGACUGUUGAACAGGACUUUCAGGUGGUGCUGUUUUACCACCCUUGGUGUGCUGUGUGUUUUCAGUUUUAGGCAUGAUGCCCCAGUCUACUGAAGACAGUUUAAUCACUUUGUCAUCUGAGGAUGUCUCAAUCAACAUCGACCAGGAGAUCUACCGUAGACCCACAAGCCCACCGCCACCCCCACCCGAACCAGACAACAAGAGGGAAAAGGUGAGAGGAAGGAGACAGACAAACACACACACACACACACACACACACACACACACACACACACAUUAACAAGCAUUCUCCGUAUACAACAGGAGUGGAAGAAGAGCUCUCGCAGGUCUACUAAGAGAAGGAAGCGUACCGUAGCGGAUGAGUCUGGGGACAACGUCCUCGACUGGUGGUCCAAGUACUAUGCUUCAGUGGACAAGAUCCAGCAGGCGAGGACAUCUAAACAUCUAGAUAUUGUCCACAUGUUGGACUGUCGUUGGUCCAUAGAGAUGGACAAGAGAGCACACUCCCUAUCUUUGUCAUAACGGCUUGUGUGAGCACCCUCUAUGGAAACUAAUCAGGACCUCUUUGUUACCUCUCCAGGCCAAGCAGAAGGAGGUGCAUCCCUUUCCGGACAUCUAUGAUCAUGAUCAUGGUGAGUAGGAGCUUUAACAAACCUUUCAAACAACUGACUGACUGUUCAAAAUGAAAUCAAAUGUUAUUUGUCACAUGCUUCGUAAACAACAGGUGUAGACUAACAACAACGCAGAGAGACAUUUAUUUGAAAAAAUAUAAAAAAAUAACAACAGGAGGAAUAAAUAUACAAUGAGUAAUGAUAACUUAGCUAUAUACCCGGGAUACCAGUACCGAGUCGAUGUUAGGGGUACGAGGUAAUAACUUGACUAUAUACCCGGGGUACCAGUACCGAGUCGAUGUGCUGGGGUACCAGGUAAUAACUUGACUAUAUACCUGGGGUACCAGUACCGAGUCGAUGUGCUGGGGUACGAGGUAAUAACUUGACUAUAUACCCGGGGUACCAGUACCGAGUCGAUGUGCUGGGGUACCAGGUAAUAACUUGACUAUAUACCCGGGGUACCAGUACCGAGUCGAUGUGCUGGGGUACGAGGUAAUAACUUGACUAUAUACCCGGGGUACCAGUACCGAGUCGAUGUGCUGGGGUACGAGGUAAUAACUUGACUAUAUACCCGGGGUACCAGUACCGAGUCGAUGUGCUGGGGUACGAGGUAAUAACUUGACUAUAUACCCGGGGUACCAGUACCGAGUCGAUGUGCUGGGGUACCAGGUAAUAACUUGACUAUAUACCCGGGGUACCAGUACCGAGUCGAUGUGCUGGGGUACCAGGUAAUAACUUGACUAUAUACCCGGGGUACCAGUACCGAGUCGAUGUGCUGGGGUACGAGGUAAUAACUUGACUAUAUACCCGGGGUACCAGUACCGAGUCGAUGUGCUGGGGUACGAGGUAAUUGAGGUAGAUAUGUACAUAUAGGUAGGGACAAAGUGACUAGACAACAGGAUAGAUAAUAAACAGUAACAGCAGCGUAUGUGAUGAGUCAAAAGAGUUAGUGCAAAAAGGAUCAAUGCAGAUAGUUAAAUAGUUCACCAAUAGCUACCCAGACUAACUAUUUAGCAGUCUUAGGGAGUAGAAGCUGUUCAGGGUCCUGUUGGUUCCAGACUUGGCGCUCCGGUACUGCUUGCCGUGCGGUAGCAGAGAGAACAGUCUACGACUUUUUUAGUUGUUUUUGUUGAGGUUUUUGGAGUCUACAGUAAUUUUGGACAGCGCCUCACUACACACACAUUGUUGUGUAUUGCAGUAUUUCCAUUCCAAACCUUGCUCUCAUUGUUGUGUAUUGCAGUAUUUCCAUUCCAAACCUUGCUCUCAUUGUUGUGUAUUGCAGUAUUUCCAUUCCAAACCUUGCUCUCCGAUGGAGUAGACUCCUUGGGUAAGGACAUGAAUAGCAAGACAGUAGUAAUUCAUCGCAUGGUUUCUUCCCUCCCUCUAUCAAUCCUUUUUGGUGGCAAGUAUAGUCCACUGCACAUCAAUAGAAUAGUGUUUGGGGGGAAAGCUGUGAAAUACAAUGGUUGUGGGGGAGAAGGCCUAUGGGUGUCAUAAGGUUGGGGAUCCAUAGAUGGUGUUACACAUAGCUACCUAUUUAGCAACCAUAGCAAACUGUAGUUGUUUGCACCGGAGUUGCACCUUGGUUGCUUUGUGCUUAAUGAUUCAAGUUCUUAUCCUACAUCUUUAUUGGACAUCUAUAGGUUUACUGUGGUGUGAAUAUGUUAUUUUUCUGUGAGUGUCAGUCAUUUGUUUUCUUGUCCCAGUCAGUGGACAGCAGGACGGAGACGACAAGAAGAAGAAGCCACAGUCGAAAGUCAAAGACUCUCAGGAAGGCGUGUCCAAACUGGCAACUCUGCAGGUAAAAGCUGCUGCGUUGCUUUCGGUCUCUAGUCCCCUGUGACAGACUGGCAACACUGCAGGUAAAAGCUGCUGCGUUGCUUUCGGUCUCUAGUCCCCUGUGACAAACUGGCAACACUGCAGGUAAAAGCUGCUGCGUUGCUUUCGGUCUCUAGUCCCCUGUGACAAACUGGCAACACUGCAGGUAAAAGCUGCUGCGUUGCUUUCGGUCUCUAGUCCCCUGUGACAAACUGGCAACACUGCAGGUAAAAGCUGCUGCGUUGCUUUCGGUCUCUAGUCCCCUGUGACAGACUGGCAACACUGCAGGUAAAAGCUGCUGCGUUGCUUUCGGUCUCUAGUCCCCUGUGACAAACUGGCAACACUGCAGGUAAAAGCUGCUGCGUUGCUUUCGGUCUCUAGUCCCCGUGAAAGACGGAGGUGUCAUUAGAUUACCCUUUUUCAACCAAUCAUAUCAGUGUAAGUGUGCAUUAGUUAUUUGAAGUGUGUUGUGUAUGAACAUGUACAGGGCUUUUAUUAUGUUUCUGUGUAUUGCAAGGUUGUUAAGUUUAAUAUUGCCAUAUUCUAAUGAGAUCACAUUGAUAUGUAAACCCUCUAACUGUAUAUCAGUGUGUAUUUGUUCUUUACCACAUUGCUGAGUAUGAACAAUAUGUAAAUUCCCUGUAGCUGUAUGACAAGGAGCUGGAGUCAGAGUUCGGUCCGUUUGAUGACUGGGUCAACACCUUCGAGCUGUUCAGAGGGAAAGCCAAUGACGAGGGGGCCCGUUCUAAUGAGGAGAGGUUUGUUGGGAAGUUCAAGGUGAGUGGUUCUGUGCUUUUUCUUCACAAAUGUUGUUCUGGAGGCAGCUCUAACAAAACGGUCACUAGCUGGCACAGCCGCAAAGUCAUAAAAUCAGAUUUUAAACCUAACCCUAACCACCCUGCUAACCGUAAUGCCUAAUCCUAACCUUAAAUUAAGACUAAAAAGCAAAUUUUUGUUUUCAUGAAUUUUUACAAUAUAGACAAUUAUCACUUCACUCAGUUCUGCCUCUAGGAGAAGACUCAUGACAAUAAACAUCCAACUGCGAUUAUAGCCUGGUCCCAGAUCUGUUCAAUUGCUAGGACUUCGGCAAGACAGCACAAACGGAUCUGGGACCAGGCUAGAGAUAAAUAACCAUUAUGUAACCACCAUAAAAGGACGGAUUCAUUUUGGUCAGGGUCAGUAACGACGAUCCAAACUACCGUGUGUACGUCUAGGGUCGGUUCUGCUUGUACAAGCUAACUGAGGAGGACUGUGAGUGGGAGGAGAGUCCAUCACACUCAGGCCAGUUUAAGAUCACCCGUGGGAUCCCACCCAACACCUCCGUCAAGGUUCUCGUCAGGGUUUACAUCGUAUCUGUGAGUAUGAGUAGACCAUAAAAGAGAUGUGUCUCGUGUCACGUGUCAUCACGUUCACUAGGGCAUACUAUAGCAAAAAACUUUUUUUUUGCAAUGGAAAAACAAAAAAAUCUGUGUUCUUUUCUUCCAUUUGGUGGCAAGUGAACACAACCCUUGGCUAUAUCUGUCCGUCCCUCAGGCAUCUAACCUCCACCCAGCCGAUGCCGAUGGGAAGUCUGAUCCCUACAUUGUUCUGAGGAUGGGGAAAACUGAGAUAAAAGACAGAGACAACUACAUCCCCAAGCAACUCAACCCAGUCUUUGGCAGGUGGGAGAAUACAUUUUAUACCAUCUGUAACAAUGACGCUGUGAGUUGAGAAGCAGGUGAAACGUUCAAUAAAACAACAAAACUUGAAAUGAGACAGCGUAACAGUGGGAUGUAGUGUAAACACAGGAACAUUACCGACUGAGGACUAAACGUAAAGGAGGGACAUAUAAAGGGGAGGUAAUGGAGUCCAGGUGUGAAUUAUAAUGAUCUGCAGGUGCGCGUAAUGAUGGAUGCCAGGUGUGCGUAAUGAUGGAUGCCAGGACUGGUGGUCAGUAUUCCGGCGACUUCGCACGCCGGAGGGGAGGAGCACGAGUAGACGUGACACCAUCCUUUAACAGAAGCUGUUUCCCUGGUUAUAUUUUAGUCAAAUGAGCAAGCAUUUACACCAUCCUUUAACAGAAGCUGUUUCCCUGGUUAUAUUUUAGUCAAAUGAGCAAGCAUUUACACCAUCCUUUAACAGAAGCUGUUUCCCUGGUUAUAUUUUAGUCAAAUGAGCAAGCAUUUACACCAUCCUUUAACAGAAGCUGUUUCCCUGGUUAUAUUUUAGUCAAAUGAGCAAGCAUACAUUUACAAAAUACAGUAUGUUGGUGGAUGUCAGUGCAGAAAGGACCAAUUGUUUAACAUCAUAUCCAUUUGACUUUAUUCCCACCCAGGAAGGAUUUUAUACUAUUUUUAACCAGUGGUUUGUAGUUUAGUCAGCUGAGCAAGCAUAAUGUACUGUAUGUUGGCAGAGAUUAAUACAAAACUUCAUAUCCUUUGUCCUUUUCCCACCAGGUCCUUUGAGCUCCAGGCUACGUUUCCUAAAGAUUCCCUGCUGACUGUUCUGAUCUAUGACCAUGACACCAUCGGGACUGACGAUCUGAUCGGGGAGACAUGGAUAGAUCUGGAGAACCGCUUCUACAGCCGACACCAGGCCACCUGCGGACUGCCCACUGAGUACAGCAUGUGAGGAAACACAUUUUAUUCUUCUUCUUCUUCUUCUUCUUCUUCUUCUUCCUCUUCUUCUUCUUCAUCUUCCUCUUCUUCUUCCUCUUCCUCUUCUUCUUCUUCUUCUUCUUCUUCUUCCUCUUCUUCCUUCUUCUUCUUCUUCUUCUUCUUCUCUUCUUCUUCUUCUUCUUCUUCUUCUUCUUCUUCUUCUUCUUCUUCUCUUUACCCUUGGUUUGGGUCUCUUCUUUUUGCCUUUACUUUUAUCUCCUCAUUGGAUAUCAUGUUGUGUUCCACCCAGGUAUCUUAGUGAUAGUUAUCACGACUGGAGAGAUUUCACCAAGCUGGCAGAGUUGCUGACUAAGAAGUUCAGUAUGUCAUGUUUAUAACCAUGUCAUGAUGCUGUUAUAACAUGUUAUCCAUGUAUCUUAGUGAUGGUUAUAACCUGAACGCCUUGGACUCCAAAGUUGGACCCGCUGAGGGCUAAGGUCUAAAUGGACCCCUACUUGAGACCCGGAAGAAUCACCAUCGGGGACAAAGUCUUCACUGGGAAAACACUGUUCAUGGAUGAAGGUAUUUAACUGACUUUACUGAACUGAACAUUGAUUUGUUUAUUGCCUUUGCUCAACCAGGUAAGUUAAUUGGUGAAUAAUUAAAUAACGACCUGAAAAUGCAUCAAGUCACAGUGACAGGCAACGACACCACUGUAAAUAUAUAGGGCUGGUUUCCCAGAUACCACUGUAAAUAUAUAGGGCUGGUUUCCCAGACACCACUGUAAAUAUAUAGGGCUGGUUUCCCAGACACCACUGUAAAUAUAUAGGGCUGGUUUCCCAGAUACUACUGUAAAUAUAUAGGGCUGGUUACCCAGACACCACUGUAAAUAUAUAGGGCUGGUUUCCCAAACACCACUGUAAAUAUAUAGGGCUGGUUUCCCAGAUACUACUGUAAAUAUAUAGGGCUGGUUUCCCAGAUACCACUGUAAAUAUAUAGGGCUGGUUUCCAAGACACCAUCGUAAAUAUAUAGGGCUGGUUUCCCAGAUACCACUGUAAAUACAGUGGGGAAAAAAAGUAUUUAGUCAGCCACCAAUUGUGCAAGUUCUCCCACUUAAAAAGAUGAGAGAGGCCUGUAAUUUUCAUCAUAGGUACACAUCAACUAUGACAGACAAAUUGAGAAUUUUUUUUCCAGAAAAUCACAUUGUAGGAUUUUUAAUGAAUUUAUUGGCAAAUUAUGGUGGAAAAUAAGUAUUUGGUCACCUACAAACAAGCAAGAUUUAUGGCUCUCACAGACCUGUAACUUCUUCUUUAAGAGGCUCCUCUGUCCUCCACUCAUUACCUGUAUUAAUGGCACCUGUUUGAACUUGUUAUCAGUAUAAAAGACACCUGUCCACAACCUCAAACAGUCACACUCCAAACUCCACUAUGGCCAAGACCAAAGAGCUAUCAAAGGACACCAGAAACAAAAUUGUAGACCUGCACCAGGCUGGGAAGACUGAAUCUGCAAUAGGUAAGCAGCUUGGUUUGAAGAAAUCAACUGUGGGAGCAAUUAUUAGGAAAUGGAAGACAUACAAGACCACUGAUAAUCUCCCUCGAUCUGGGGCUCCACGCAAGAUCUCACCCUGUGUGGUCAAAAUGAUCACAAGAACGGUGAGCAAAAAUCCCAGAUCCACACGGGGGGGCCUAGUGAAUGACCUGCAGAGAGCUGGGACUAAAGUAACAAAGCCUACCGUCAGUAACACACUACGCCGCCAGGGACUCAAAUCCUGCAGUGCAAGACGUGUCCCCUUGCUUAAGCCAGUACAUGUCCAGGCCCAUCUGAAGUUUGCUAGAGUGCAUUUGGAUGAUCCAGAAGAGGAUUGGGAGAAUGUCAUAUGGUCAGAUGAAACCAAAAUAGAACUUUUUGGUAAAAACUCAACUCGUCGUGUUUGGAGGACAAAGAAUGCUGAGUUGCAUCCAAAGAACACCAUACCUACUCUGAAGCAUGGGGGUGGAAACAUCAUACUUUGGGGCUGUUUUUCUGCAAAGGGACCAGGACGACUUUUCUGUGUAAAGGAAAGAAUGAAUGGGGCCAUGUAUCGUGAGAUUUUGAGUGAAAACCUCCUUCCAUCAGCAAGGGCAUUGAAGAUGAAACGUGGCUGGGUCUUUCAGCAUGACAAUGAUCCCAAACACACCGCCCGGGCAACAAAGGAGUGGCUUCGUAAGAAGCAUUUCAAGGUCCUGGAGUGGCCUAGCCAGUCUCCAGAUCUCAACCCCAUAGAAAAUCUUUGGAGGGAGUUGAAAGUCCGUGUUGCCCAGCGACAGCCCCAAAACAUCACUGCUCUAGAGGAGAUCUGCAUGGAGGAAUGGGCCAAAAUACCAGCAACAGUGUGUGAAAACCUUGUGAAGACUUACAGAAAACGUUUGACCUGUGUCAUUGCCAACAAAGGGUAUAUAACAAAGUAUUGAGAAACUUUUGUUAUUGACCAAAUACUUAUUUUCCACCAUAAUUUGCAAAUAAAUUCAUAAAAAAUCCUACAAUGUGAUUUUCUGGAUUUUUUUUCUCAUUUUGUCUGUCAUAGUUGACGUGUACCUAUGAUGAAAAUUACAGGCCUUUCUCAUCUUUUAAAGUGGGAGAACUUGCACAAUUGGUGGCUGACUAAAUACUUUUUUUCCCCACUGUAUAUAGGGCUGGUUUCCCAGACACCACUGUAAAUAUAUAGGGCUGGUUUCCCAGACACCACUGUAAAUAUAUAGGGCUGGUUUCCCAGACAACACUGUAAAUAUAUAGGGCUGGUUUCCAAGACACCAUCGUAAAUAUAUAGGGCUGGUUUCCCAGAUACCACUGUAAAUAUAUAGGGCUGGUUCCCCAGACACCACUGUAAAUAUAUAGGGCUGGUUUUCCAGAUACCACUGUAAAUAUAUAGGGCUGGUUUCCCAGAUACCACUGUAAAUAUAUAGGGCUGGUUUCCCAGACACCACUGUAAAUAUAUAGGGCUGGUUUCCCAGAUACCACUGUAAAUAUAUAGGGCUGGUUUCCCAGAUACCACUGUAAAUAUAUAGGGCUGAUUUCCCAGACACCACUGUAAAUAUAUAGGGCUGGUUUCCCAGACACCACUGUAAAUAUAUAGGGCUGAUUUCCCAGACACCACUGUAAAUAUAUAGGGCUGGUUUCCCAGAUACCGCUGUAAAUAUAUAGGGCUGGUUUCCCAGAUACCGCUGUAAAUAUAUAGGGCUGGUUUCCCAGAUACCACUGUAAAUAUAUAGGGCUGGUUUCCCAGAUACCACUGUAAAUAUAUAGGGCUGGUUUCCCAGAUACCACUGCAAAUAUAUAGGGCUGGUUUCCCAGACACCACUGUAAAUAUACAGUGGGGAAAAAAAGUAUUUAGUCAGCCACCAAUUGUGCAAGUUCUCCCACUUAAAAAGAUGAGAGAGGCCUAUAAUUUUCAUCAUAGGUACAUGUCAACUAUGACAGACAAAUUAAGAAUAAAAAAUCCAGAAAAUCACAUUGUAGGAUUUUUAAUGAAUUUAUUUGCAAAUUAUGGUGGAAAAUAAGUAUUUGGUCACCUACAAACAAGCAAGAUUUCUGGCUCUCACAGACCUGUAACUUCUUCUUUAAGAGGCUCCUCUGUCCUCCACUCGUUACCUGUAUUAAUGGCACCUGUUUGAACUUGUUAUCAGUAUAAAAGACACCUGUCCACAACCUCAAACAGUCACACUCCAAACUCCACUAUGGCCAAGACCAAAGAGCUGUCAAAGGACACCAGAAACAAAAUUGUAGACCUGCACCAGGCUGGGAAGACUGAAUCUGCAAUAGGUAAGCAGCUUGGUUUGAAGAAAUCAACUGUGGGAGCAAUUAUUAGGAAAUGGAAGACAUACAAGACCACUGAUAAUCUCCCUCGAUCUGGGGCUCCAUGCAAGAUCUCACCCCGUGGGGUCAAAAUGAUCAGAAGAACGGUGAGCAAAAAUACCAGAACCACACGGGGGGACCUAGUGAAUGACCUGCAGAAAGCUGGGACCAAAGUAACAAAGCCUACCAUCAGUUACACACUACGCCGCCAGGGACUCAAAUCCUGCAGUGCAAGACGUGUCCCCCUGCUUAAGCCAGUACAUGUCCAGGCCUGUCUGAAGUUUGCUAGAGUGCAUUUGGAUGAUCCAGAAGAGGAUUGGGAGAAUGUCAUAUGGUCAGAUAAAACCAAAAUAUAACUUUUUGGUAAAAACUCAACUCGUCGUGUUUGGAGGACAAAGAAUGCUGAGUUGCAUCCAAAGAACACCAUACCUACUGUGAAGCAUGGGGGUGGAAACAUCAUGCUUUGGGGCUGUUUUUCUGCAAAGGGACCAGGACGACUGAUCUGUGUAAAGGAAAGAAUGAAUGGGGCCAUGUAUCGUGAGAUUUUGAGUGAAAACCUCCUUCCAUUAGCAAAGGCAUUGAAGAUGAAACGUGGCUGGGUCUUUCAGCAUGACAAUGAUCCCAAACACACUGCCCGGGCAACGAAGGAGUGGCUUUGUAAGAAGCAUUUCAAGGUCCUGGAGUGGCCUAGCCAGUCUCCAGAUCUCAACCCCAUAGAAAAUCUUUGGAGGGAGUUGAAAGUCCGUGUUGCCCAGCGACAGCCCCAAAACAUCACUGCUCUAGAGGAGAUCUGCAUGGAGGAAUGUGCCAAAAUACCAGCAACAGUGUGUGAAAACCUUGUGAAGACUUACAGAAAAUGUUUGACCUGUGUCAUUGCCAACAAAGGGUAUAUAACAAAGUAUUGAGAAACUUUUGUUAUUGACCAAAUACUUAUUUUCCACCAUAAUUUGCAAAUAAAUUCAUUAAAAAUCCUACAAUGUGAUUUUCUGGAUUUUCUUUUCUCAUUUUGUCUGUCAUAGUUGACGUGUACCUAUGAUGAAAAUUACAGGCCUCUCUCAUCUUUUUAAGUGGGAGAACUUGCACAAUUGGUGGCUGACUAAAUACUUUUUUUCCCCACUGUAUAGGGCUGGUUUCCCAGAUACCACUGUAAAUAUAUAGGGCUGGUUUCCCAGACACCACUGUAAAUAUAUAGGGCUGGUUUCCCAGAUACCACUGUAAUAUAGGGCUGGUUUCCCAGACAUGGUUUAGGCCUAGUCCUGGAUGGAAAAAAAAGCACUUUCAAUAUAUUAUCUCUAUUGAGAAUACUUUUUAGUCCAAGACUAGGCCUUGUCUGGGAAACCUGCCAAGACUGUGUUCUAUUUCCAUCCAGUAUGGUACUGAUUAAUAUGUGCUGCUGUACACAGAGCAGACAGUGGAGUCCUAUGAACAUCUGGCUCUGAAGAUCCUUCACAGAUGGACUGAGAUUCCAGGGGUGGGGUGUAGACUUGUCCCAGAGCACAUCGAGACACGGACUCUGUACAACAAGGCCAGACCAGGGAUGGACCAGGUAAUACAUACCUUCUAUCAAAAAUAAUCACAUUACUUUAAAAAAAAAAGAUAUUAUGCAAUUUGUUCAACUUCACAAGUGUCUGUGUGUGUGUGUGUUUGUGUGUGGUUCAGGGCCAGCUCCAGAUGUGGGUGGACAUGUUCCCCAUGGAUAUGCCCCACCCAGGACCCUCUGUGGACAUCGCCCCUCGUAAACCUAAAGGGUAAGGCUUCGUACCUCCGUAGCACUAGGGCAGGUAUACCCCAGAUAAGUCCCAAUACAAGACCAAUAUACCUCAAACCAGGCUAGUUGAAUAAAACAACCAGCUGUUAUGAUGUGAUUGUAUAUGACAUCAGUUGAUUGAUUGAUUGUUGAUCCUGUGAAGGUAUGAGUUGAUUGAUUGAUUGUUGAUCCUAUGAAGGUAUGAGUGGAUUGAUUGUUGGUCCUGUGAAGGUAUGAGUUGAUUGAUUGUUGAUCCUGUGAAGGUAUGAGUUGAUUGAUUGAUUGUUGGUCCUGUGAAGGUAUGAGUUGAUAGAUUGAUUGUUGAUCCUGUGACAGUAUGAGUUGAUUGAAUGAUUGUUGGUCCUGUGAAGGUAUGAGUUGAUUGAUUGAUUGUUGGUCCUGUGUAGAUAUGAGUUGAUUGAUUGUUGAUCCUGUGAAGGCAUGAGUUGAUUGAUUGAUUGUUGGUCUUGUGAAGAUAUGAGUUGAGAAUCAUCAUCUGGAACACUGAAGAUGUGAUUCUGGAGGACACUAACUUCCUCACAGGAACACAGUCUAGUGACAUCUACGUCAAAGGGUGAGUGGAACGACAAUUUUUUUCAAACUUAUCCAAUAUAAAACAGACAUUGAUGAUUAGAUUACAUUCAGCUCAUCCCUGAAGAUCAAGCUUCUGAAACUGACCUUGACUGACCUUGUCGGUUCGGUUUUGAAUACCCGUCUUAAAGAUCUAUUUUUCCUGACUCGACCUUGCAUUAACAGUAAUUUAGUCAUCUUUCUCUACUGUCAUCCUCUCUAUCUUUAUCUACUGUCAACCUCUCUAUAUUUCUCUACUGUCCUCCUCUCUUCCUUUCUCUAUUGUCAUCCUCUAUAUCUUUCUCUACUGUCAUCCUCUCUUUCUCUAAAUUCAUUCUCUUUCUUUACUGUCAUUCUCUAUCUUUCUCUACUGUCCUCUAUCUUUAUUUACUGUCAUUCUCACUCUUUCUCCACUGUGCUCCUCUCUAUCUUUCUCUUUACUGUCCUCCACUCUAUCUUUCUCUACUGUCCUCCUCUCACUCUUUCUCUACUGUCCUCCUCUCAAUCUUUCUCCACUGUCCUCCUCUCUAUCUUUCUCUACUGUCAUCCUCUAUCUUUCUCUACUGUUAUCCUCUAUCUUUCUCUACUGUCCUCCUCUCUAUAUGUCUCUACUGUCAUCAUCUAUCUUUCUCCACUGUCAUCCUCUCUAUCUUUCUCUACUGUGCUGCUCUCUAUCUUUCUCUACUGUCCUCCUCUCAAUCUUUCUCCACUGUCCUCCUCUCUAUCUUUCUCUACUGUAAUCCUCUCAAUCUUUCUCUACUGUCAUUCUCUCUAUCUUUCUCUGUCAUCCUCUCUAACUUUCUCUACUGUCAUCCUCUCUUUCUCUACUAUCAUCCUCUCUUUCUCUACUGUCAGCCUCUAUCUUUCUCUACUGUCAUCCUCUAUCUUUCUCCACUGUCAUCCUCUCUAUCUUUCUCUACUGUGCUCCUCUCUAUCUUUCUCUACUGUCCUCCUCUCAAUCUUUCUCAACUGUCCUCCUCUCUAUCUUUCUCUACUGUCACCCUCUAUCUUUCUCUACUGUAAUCCUCUCAAUCUUUCUCUACUGUCAUUCUCUCUAUCUUUCUCUGUCAUCCUCUCUAACUUUCUCUACUGUCAUCCUCUCUUUCUCUACUAUCAUCCUCUCUUUCUCUACUGUCAGCCUCUAUCUUUCUCUACUGUCAUCCUCUAUCUUUCUCCACUGUCAUCCUCUCUAUCUUUCUCUACUGUGCUCCUCUCUAUCUUUCUCUACUGUCCUCCUCUCAAUCUUUCUCAACUGUCCUCCUCUCUAUCUUUCUCUACUGUCAUCCUCUAUCUUUCUCUACUGUAAUCCUCUCAAUCUUUCUCUACUGUCAUUCUCUCUAUCUUUCUCUGUCAUCCUCUCUAACUUUCUCUACUGUCAUCCUCUCUUUCUCUACUAUCAUCCUCUCUUUCUCUACUGUCAGCCUCUAUCUUUCUCUACUGUCCUCCUCUCUCUAUUUCUCUACUGUCAUUCUCUAUCGUUCUCUACUGUCAUCCUCUAUCUUUCUCUACUGUCCUCCUCUCUCUCUCUCUACUGUCAUCUUCUCUAUCUUUCUCUACUGUCCUCCUCUCUAUCUUUCUCUACUGUCAUCCUCUAUAUCUUUCUCUACUGUCAUCCUCUCUAUCUUUCUCUACUGUCCUCCUCUCUAUCUUUCUCUACUGUCAUCCUCUAUCUUUCUCUACGCUCAUCCCCUCUAUCUUUCUCUACUGUCAUCCUCUCUCACUCAAUAGUCUGAAAAUAUAUUUUUAUAAUUGUAUAAUUUUUUUCAGGUGGCUUAAGGGCAUUGAGGACGAUCGCCAGGAGACUGAUGUUCACUACAACUCUCUGACUGGGGAGGGUAACUUCAACUGGCGCCUGGUGUUCCCCUUUAACUACCUGCCUGCCGAGAAGGUGGUGGUGGUCAGUAAGAGGGGGAGCAUCUUCUCCCUGGACAAGACAGAGCAGAAGCUACCGGCCAUGUUGGUGAUGCAGGUCUGGGACUUUGAGAGGCUGUCAUCUGAUGACUUCUUGGGUAAGAGAGAGAAAGAGACACUGGUUUGGCUCCUUUCCCUGGGCUGUCAGACAGUAGGCAAUGGGAGGAAGGGGGACACGUUCAUCUCAAUGAUCAGUAUCAAUCAGGGAAAUCACAUCCCAACCCAGAGCCUCUAUUUUUCCCAUUAACACACUUUCUGUAUGUGUGAAACAAGAGUUAAGAUAGAUGUUUCUCUGUUCUCAGGUAGCGUGGAGCUGGACUUACAUGGGUUUCCCCGCGGGGCCAAGUCAGCCAAGGCCUGUAAGAUGGACAUGCUGAAGGACAGUGUAGAGAAGAUCUCCAUCUUCCAACAGAAGAGGUCCAGAGGCUGGUGGCCCUUUGUCAAGGCUGAGGAGCUCACGGUACCAAUACCAUUCAACACCUUACUAAGACGACAAUUAGUCUGCUUCCCUAAUGGCACUAUAUUCCCUAUAUAGUGCACUACUUUAGACCAGAGAAUGGCACCCUAUUCACUAUAUAAUGCACUACUUUAGACCAGAGAAUGGCACCCUAGUCCCUAUAUAGUGCUCUACUUUAGACCAGAGAAUGGCACCCUAUUCCCUAUAUAGUGCACUACUUUAGACCAGAGAAUGGCACCCUAUUCCCUAUAUAGUGCACUACUUUAGACCAGAGAAUGGCACCCUAUUCCCUAUAUAGUGCACUACUUUUGACCAAAACCAAAUUGGGCCUGGUGGGUGCCAUUUCGGAUGCAACCUACUGCCUAGGAGGUAGGGGUUAGGGGUUGUGUCUACUGCCCAGGAGGUAGGGGUUAGGGGUUGUGUCUACUGCCCAGGAGGUAGGGGUUAGGGGUUGUGUCUACUGCCCAGGAGGUAGGGGUUAGGGGUUGUGUCUACUGCCCAGGAGGUAGGGGUUAGGGGUUGUGUCUACUGCCUAGGAGGUAGGGGUUAGGGGUUGUGCCUACUGCCCAGGAGGUAGGGGUUAGGGGUUGUGUCUACUGCCCAGGAGGUAGGGGUUAGGGGUUGUGUCUACUGCCCAGGAGGUAGGGGUUAGGGGUUGUGUCUACUGCCCAGGAGGUAGGGGUUAGGGGUUGUGUCUACUGCCCAGGAGGUAGGGGUUAGGGGUUGUGUCUACUGCCUAGGAGGUAGGGGUUAGGGGUUGUGUCUACUGCCCAGGAGGUAGGGGUUAGGGGUUGUGUCUACUGCCCAGGAGGUAGGGGUUAGGGGUUGUGUCUACUGCCCAGGAGGUAGGGGUUAGGGGUUGUGUCUACUGCCCAGGAGGUAGGGGUUAGGGGUUGUGUCUACUGCCCAGGAGGUAGGGGUUAGGGGUUGUGUCUACUGCCCAGGAGGUAGGGGUUAGGGGUUGUGUCUACUGCCCAGGAGGUAGGGGUUAGGGGUUGUGUCUACUGCCCAGGAGGUAGGGGUUAGGGGUUGUGCCUACUGCCCAGGAGGUAGGGGUUAGGGUUGUGUCUACUGCCCUAGGAGGUAGGGGUUAGGGGUUGUGUCUACUGCCUAGGAGGUAGGGGUUAGGGGUUGUGUCUACUGCCUAGGAGGUAGGGGUUAGGGGUUGUGUCUACUGCCUAGGAGGUAGGGGUUAGGGGUUGUGUCUACUGCCUAGGAGGUAGGGGUUAGGGUUGUGUCUACUGCCUAGGAGGUAGGGGUUAGGGGUUGUGUCUACUGCCUAGGAGGUAGGGGUUAGGGGUUGUGUCUACUGCCUAGGAGGUAGGGGUUAGGGGUUGUGUCUACUGCCUAGGAGGUAGGGGUUAGGGGUUGUGUCUACUGCCUAGGAGGUAGGGGUUAGGGGUUGUGUCUACUGCUAGGAGGUAGGGGUUAGGGGUUGUGCCUACUGCCUAGGAGGUAGGGGUUAGGGGUUGUGUCUACUGCCUAGGAGGUAGGGGUUAGGGGUUGUGUCUACUGCCUAGGAGGUAGGGGUUAGGGGUUGUGUCUACUGCCUAGGAGGUAGGGGUUAGGGGUUAGGGGUUAGGGGUUGUGUCUACUGCCUAGGAGGUAGGGGUUAGGGGUUGUGUCUACUGCCUAGGGGUAGGGUUAGGGGUUGUGUCUACUGCCUAGGAGGUAGGGGUUAGGGGUUGUGUCUACUGCCUAGGAGGUAGGGGUUAGGGGUUGUGCCUACUGCCUAGGAGGUAGGGGUUGUGUCUACUGCCUAGGAGGUAGGGGUUAGGGGUUAGGGGUUGUGUCUACUGCCUAGGAGGUAGGGGUUAGGGGUUAGGGGUUGUGUCUACUGCCUAGGAGGUAGGGGUUAGGGGUUGUGUCUACUGCCUAGGAGGUAGGGGUUAGGGGUUGUGUCUACUGCCUAGGAGGUAGGGGUUAGGGGUUGUGCCUACUGCCUAGGAGGUAGGGGUUAGGGGUUAGGGGUUGUGUCUACUGCCUAGGAGGUAGGGGUUAGGGGUUGUGUCUACUGCCUAGGAGGUAGGGGUUAGGGGUUAGGGGUUGUGUCUACUGCCUAGGAGGUAGGGGUUAGGGGUUAGGGGUUGUGUCUACUGCCUAGGAGGUAGGGGUUAGGGGUUGUGCCUACUGCCUAGGAGGUAGGGGUUGUGUCUACUGCCUAGGAGGUAGGGGUUAGGGGUUGUGUCUACUGCCUAGGAGGUAGGGGUUAGGGGUUGUGUCUACUGCCUAGGAGGUAGGGGUUAGGGGUUGUGCCUACUGCCUAGGAGGUAGGGGUUGUGUCUACUGCCUAGGAGGUAGGGGUUAGGGGUUGUGUCUACUGCCUAGGAGGUAGGGGUUAGGGGUUGUGCCUACUGCCUAGGAGGUAGGGGUUAGGGGUUGUGUCUACUGCCUAGGAGGUAGGGGUUAGGGGUUGUGUCUACUGCCUAGGAGGUAGGGGUUAGGGGUUGUGUCUACUGCCUAGGAGGUAGGGGUUUAGGGGUUUGUGUCUACUGCCUAGGAGGUAGGGGUUAGGGGUUGUGUCUACUGCCUAGGAGGUAGGGGUUAGGGGUUGUGUCUACUGCCUAGGAGGUAGGGGUUAGGGGUUGUGCCUACUGUCUAGGAGGUAGGGGUUAGGGGUUGUGUCUACUGCCUAGGAGGUAGGGGUUAGGGGUUGUGUCUACUGCCUAGGAGGUAGGGGUUAGGGGUUGUGCCUACUGCCUAGGAGGUAGGGGUUAGGGGUUGUGUCUACUGCCUAGGAGGUAGGGGUUAGGGGUUGUGCCUACUGCCUAGGAGGUAAAGUUAGGGGUUGUGUCUACUGCCUAGGAGGUAGGGGUUAGGGGUUGUGUCUACUGCCUAGGAGGUAGGGGUUAGGGGUUGUGUCUACUGCCUAGGAGGUAGGGGUUAGGGGUUGUGUCUACUGCCUAGGACAGUGGUCACCAACCUUUUCUGAGUCAAGAUCACUUUCGCAGUCGAGAUCUACCAUCUUCCACCUGAUGGCGAAAUUCGAGUCGCACCAUAUCUGCCUCAUGCACAAAUUAAUGUUGUUCCUAUGACCAGAGAAAGUGAAAUAUUCCUCGAUAUUAAAAUAGACACGACGAGCUGCUAAUAACAAUACAGACGCAGGGCUGUCGAUACACUUGGCUACUCAUUCAUUGCAGCUGCAGCGCGAAUGGAAGCGAGUGGAAGUACGGGGAAGUGCGUUUUGUUUUGUAAUUGUGUUGAAUAAAAACAGUGCUGGAUAAAAAGUUAAACAUGAACUCAUUCAUAAAAACAGAAGCUAUUUGCUGUAUUCUUUGACAGUCUCUCUGUGGACAUGGUUUUAAAAGUUAUUAAAUCUUACGUAGGCUAGAUUCAAACUUUGCAGGGGCCGGGGAAGCUCUCCAUUUAGCCACAGAUCUCCCGGUCCACCAGGUAGGCGGAGUUUGUCUUUUCAGAGAAAUUAAAUGGUUCAAAAUGGGAACUCUUUGCUUACCCGGUGUGCAGGGCUUCUGAAUCAAGUGCACCUACCGCCAACAGGGCUUCUGAAUCAAGUGCACCUACCACCAACAGGGCUUCUGAAUCAAGUGCACCUACCACCAACAGCGCAACACAAAAAAAAAAAAGGAGCGCAACCCUUUUAUCUUUGGGGUUUUUUCUACGGGAAACUUUUGGCCCAAAGAUUAAAGAUAAAACCAGUCGAUUGCGUUUUGCCGGUUGCGGCCGGGUUUUCAAAGGGGGGGCAAAGGGGGCCCCCCCCAAAGGGGGUUGGGGGGGUUGUCCUUUUUAUUGGGGGGGGGGGGGGGUUUUUGGGGUUGGGGGCAUUCCUGGGGUUUUUAGGGGGGGAAAGUUAAGGGGAUUAACGGGUUUUUAAAUCAAGGGGAAAAGAAGGGGAGGCGGAAAGGCCCCUGGGGAAAAAAGGAAAGGCCCAAAAAAAGAAAAUUUUUCACUCCCAAGGAGCCAGAAACCCCUUUUUUCCCAAAAAACCCAAAGUAAUGGAAAUUUUUGUAUUUACCCUUUAAAAAUCUUUUAAUUUUAAAAGCCGGUCCAAGACCAACCCCUCCCCCUUGAAAAACCUUUUUAAAAUGGUUGGUUCAUUUUCUUUAGCAAAAAAAAAGGAUCAUAAAGGGAAAAAUUGCCUAAUAAGAGUACUCUAAAAAUUUGGGGAAGAGAGAGAGAGAAAAGGGGGGAAAAGAGGAGAAAAAAGGAAAAGAAAAGGCGAGAAAAGGAAGAAAGAGAAGAGACCCGAGAGAGAAACAAAACCCCGGGAAAAAAAAGAAAAGCUAGGGCGAGAGGGGGAGAAGAGAGAGGGGAGGAGAGGAAGGGGGCGAGAGAAAAAGAGAGGAGGAGGAGGAGAGGAGAGAGAAGAGGAGCGAAGGGGAGAGAGAAGAAGGAGAGAGAAGAGAGGGGAAAGUAAGAGAGAGAGAGGGAGAGAGAGAGAAGAGGGAGAAGAGGAGAGGGAGAAGAAAAGGAAAGAGAGAAAAAGAGGAGGAAAAGAGGGAAAAGGGGGACAGAAGGGGGAGAGAGAGAGAGGGGGAGAGAGGAGGGGAGAGAGAGAGGAGAAGGGAAAAGGAGAGAGAUAGAGGAGAGGGAGGGGAGGGGGAGCCAAAAGAGGGGAAAGGGGAAAGGGAGAGAGAGGGAAAAGAGAAAAAGAGGAGAGGAGAGCGAGAGAGAGGGGAAAAAGGGGGAAAAGGAGAGAGAGAGAAGGAAGAGAGAGAGAAAGGGAAAAGGAGGGAGGGGGAGAGAGAAAAGGAGAGAGAGAGGGGGAAAGAAGAGAGAGAGAGAGGAGAAAAGGGAAGAGAGAAAAAGAAGAGAGGAAAAAAAAAGAAGAAAUUUAGAAAAAAAGGAAAGAGAAAAAGGGGAGAGAAAAAAAGGGGAGGGAAAGAAAAGAAAAAAAAGAAGAAAAGGGGAAAAGGGGGGGAAAAAAAAAAAGGGAGAGAAGAAAGAGGAGAAAAAAAAAACAGAAGAAAAAAAAAAAAAAAGGGAAAAGGGGAGAGAAAAGGGAAAAGGGAGAGAGGAAAAAGAAAAAAAAAAAAGGGAGGAAAGAAGAAAGAAAAAGAAAAAUUGUAUUUUUUCCCCUAUAUAAAAAUUUGGGGGAGAGUAGUUUAGACAUAAAUGGGCUAUAUAUUUUAAAUAAAAAAUAAAAAUUUUGGCACCCCUUUAAUUUUUAUUUUAUUUUCUUCUUCUUUAAUAUAUAAAAGGGUUCUAUUGGUUUUUGUUCCCCAAAAAGUUUUUAUGGUUCCAUAUUUAUUUCUUCUAAAAGGGGAAAAAAUCAUUAUUAAAAAUUUGGGAUAUAUAUAUUCUCCUAAAUUUUUUGGGUAGUCUCUCCUAAAGGAAAAAAGAAAGAACCCCGGAGAGAGAGAGAGAGAGGGGUAGAGGAUGAGAUGGGGGAGAAGAAACAAGAAAGAGAGAAAAAGGAGGGCGAAAAAGAGAGGAAGAGAGAGGAGAGGAAAAAAAAAGAGAGAAAGAAAAAAAAGGGAAGACGGAAAAGGAAAAAAAAAGGGGAAAAGUUUUUAAAAGAAAAGAAGAGAGGAGAGAAAAAGAGCGAAGAGAAGAACAAAAAUCUAUUCCCCCAAACCUAACUUUUCUCUCUACAAAUUCUUUUGGGUCUCUCUUUUUUGUCGCAUCUCUCUCCCCCUUUCCCCCUCUCCCCCUCUCUCUCUUCCUUCUCUCCCCCCCCCCCCCCCUCUCUCUCGCCUCCCUUCUCUCUCGCUCUCCCCCUCUCCCCCCUUCCUCUCUCUACCCCCCCUUUCUUCCUCCCCCCCCCUCUAGCCGGCCAGACACAUCAUUCUCGGGUUUGUAAAACCCUUUAAGUUUUUUUUCCAUGAUCUGGGGGGGAACUAUAAAAAGGGACUUUAAAUAAUCGCUGUGGUCCUUUCAUCAGGCUUGUUAUCGCCUGUGUUACCCCCCUUCCAGACCCAAUUCACAAAAAGAUAGUCAAUGGUUAACAGCUAAACAGUAAACAACACCAACCCUGCCACCCCAGCCAUCUCAAAAAAGAUAGUAAAUUUGGGUAACUAGCUAACAGAAACCCACAAAAACCUUUAAAACCCGGCCACCCAGCCAUUAAAAGAAAUAGUGGGGGUUAACUGGGCUAACAUUUAACCCCCACCCCAAACCCCUCCCAAAAGCCUUUCUCACGGGAAAAAAAUAGUCAAGGGUUUUAAACUAGCUAACGGGAACCCCACUCCCUUUAACCCCUCCCAGCAGCCUUUCCCACGGGAAUUAGCAAUGGUUAACUAGUAACAAAAAACCCCACUCCCUUAACCCUGCCAGCAGCCAUCUCACAGAAGAUAGUCAAUGGUUAACUAGCUAACAGUAACACACUACCUUAACCCUGCCAGCAGCCAUCUCACAGAAGAUAGUCAAUGGUUAACUAGCUAACAGUAACACACUCCCAAAAAACCCCCCAAAGCAGCCAUUCCCAAAAUUUAUAGUCAAUGGUUAACUAGCUAACAAAAAAAACAUUUCCCUUUAACCCCUCCCAAGCAGCCCCUCACGGGAAAUAUAGUCAAUGGUAACAAAGCUAACAGAAACCCCCACUCCCUUUAAAACCCUGCCAGCACCCACCCCACAGAAUAAAAGUCAAUGGUUAAACUGGGCAACAGAAACACACUCCCUUUAACCCCGGGCCGCACCCAUCUCACAGAAGUAGCCCAAGGGUUUAAACAGUAACAGAAAAACACACUCCCUUUUAACCCUGCCGCAGCCAUUCACAGAAGAAAAGCAAAGGGUUUUAACUAAGCUAACAGUAACACAUCCCUUUAAACCCCUGCCGGGCACCCCAUCUCACAAAAAGAUGUCAAGGGUUUUAAUAGCUAACAGUAAACACUACCUUAACCCUCCCAAGGCACCCAAAUUUACAGAAGAUAGUCAAUGGUUAACUAGUAACGGGAACAACUCCCCUUAACCCUGCCAGCGGGCCAUCCCCACAAAUAUAGUAAAGGGUUUAAACUAAGCUAACAGUAACACACUCCCUUAAACCCCUUGCCGGGCGCCAUCUCACAGAAUAAGUCAAGGGUUUAAAAACUAGCAAACGGGUUAACCAACCACAAAUUUAAAACCCUGCCAGCAGCCAUCUCACAGAAUAUAGUCAAUGGUUAACACACCCCACUGCCACAGCUGACUGACUGGCGCUCAGAAGUCUACCUCAGUCUACAGUCAAUUAGGUAAAUCUAACUAUCAAGCAGGGUCGGGACUGAAGCAAGAGAAAAAGUCUGAUGACUAACUCAGUCACUUAUAAUAAUGUUUCCUAAUGUAUCAAUAUCAGAAUAGCAUUAAUACAUGUAGUAUAUUAACAUUUAUUUAAAUCCAGUUGCAGAAUGAGUAUAAAUAACAUUUUAGAUUCAACAAUAUUGACAAAGUUUGGCCAAGAAAAAUGUUUUCUUGACAUGUGUGCCAGGACCACUACAUAUCAUUAUCCUAGAAGUGAUUCUAGUACAGAGGGGGAUCCUCCAUAUUUGUAGACAUGUAGGGAAGGUCACUGUCUCCAUUUUAACAUAAAUAAUGUAUCAUAAUAAAGAAUUGUUGUACAACAAAACAUUUUGGGGUAAUUUUUUUUGUUGAGCAAUUAAAUAAUUAUUAGGCUGUUAUCCUAAAAUAAAAGCACAUUUCAAUGCAUUUGACUUGCACCUUGCAUUCACACAAUUCCACGAGAAAUAUCUAAUGUUAUUAAACCUCAGCCAGAAGGAAUAGGUGUGUCCCACGAGGCAACGUGUUCUCUAGAAAGCCAUAUAGGGUUAGGGCCAUAUAGGCCCUUGUCAAAAGUGGCGCACUACAUAGGGAAUAGGACGCCAUACAAUACACUACAAAACAAAUGUCCUCUGAUUGGAUUUCCUGUUACUGGUAGAGUAGAACU